AUGGCCAAUUUUCAACAUCCUUUUCUGUGCCUCCGUCCUGUCAAAAGGGCCCCGGGUGCUUCUGAAGUACUGGUUGCAUCGGCCGGACCAUAUCUAUACGUCUACGACACGGCCAAUGGGGAGCGUCUAGAUGCCUGGCCAUCCACCAAUCUAGAUUCGACAAAGGCUUCUGCUUCAGGCGCAGCAGAACUUCUGUCUGACAAUGGUCCGCCGGAGAAGAGGAGAAAACUGUCUGAUGAUGCAAAUGUAGAUACUCAGGUGGACCAGGAAGAGAAGGCGCAAAAGAAACAAUCGGGAUCUACUGACGACAAGCUACAAUGGUCUGAGAUCCCUAUUGUUACGAUCACAUCCGACGGCCAAUAUGUAGUAGCUGUGACCCUGGAAGAUAAGACUUUGCGAGUAUUUGAACUAAGUCACGGUGGAAAGCUGCAGGAGUCGAAGCCCCGCGUCAUGCCCAAGCGCUUGGCAGCGGUGACCUUUACUCCAGAUGAGCAAACUCUUCUUUGUGGCGACAAACAUGGAGAUGUGUACUCGAUGCCGCUGAUUCCGGGAGACUAUAUUAAGAGUCGCAUCGAUGAGACUCGAAAGUCACUGGCAGCUACUGAGCUUACUGUGCACUCUGGAAGGAAUCUCAGGUCUCUUGAACAGCAGAAGCUCCAGAAAGAUAAUCCUUUGAAAGGGGGUGCUCCGUCUCAAGAGGAGAGAAACGUUCUUAAUUUUGAACACCGCAGUAUCCUCGGCCAUGUCUCUGUGCUCACGGACUUAAUUUCAGUCGCGGUAUCUGGCCGCAACUACAUUCUGACUGCGGACCGCGACGAACAUAUUCGAGUUUCACGAGGCUACCCCCAGGCACAUGUCAUCGAACAAUUUUGUCUUGGCCACAAAUCUUUCGUGAGUAAGAUUGUUGCUCCUGCGUGGGCGCCCGAGCUUCUCGUUUCUGGUGGAGGUGAUGGUCAGCUUUUCUUGUGGGAUUGGAGGAAAGGUCAAGUUCUUCAAACAGUCUCUUUGAGAGAGGCUCUCGGCGCAGAGGUCACUGUGCGGGGGAUCUGGGACAUCUCUGUAGAGGGGCUGAAUUUUAUAAUAGUUGGCCUGGAAGGGUCCCCAAAGCUCCUCUGCUACAGUAUAGUGGAUAAUCAGCUCAAGACAGAAAACACUACAACUCAGCUUUCCGGAAACCUACUUGACGUUGCUGUCUCAGAUGCACUGAACUCGGUUAUCAUAUCAGUGGACACUAUCCGCGAGGUCGGCUCCACGAGCCAGUGGAAAGCCACCGCUGAUUUGCCCCAAAGACUUCUCGAGGCUUUCAAGGUCACUCGCGGCGAUGAUGGACUUGAAUUCGUCCCCGCAGAAGAUUCAAUCAUCUCGAGCGUGAAUUCUCUAGGGACCUCUGCUCUACCACAAGGUCUCAAUGACAAGCAAAGAAGGGCAAUUGAUGACUUGCAUUACACGAUGAUCAAUUUGAAAAAGCUGAAGGCAACCGAGGACAAGAACGAAUAG